ACCCGAAGUCCCGGACCGGCGAAGCGGUUGGGCUCGACCGGAACACCAAACGCACGAACCCACUCGCCGGCCACCGAGAUGGCUCCACCGCCGCCCGCCCCUACGCCGGCGGCAAGGCUACUGAGGGAGUACGGGUGGGACCUGAUGCUCGGAUCGAUUGCCGCUUUCUACGCCGUCAUGGUGCCUUACACCAAGGUGGAGGAGAGCUUCAAUGUGCAGGCCAUGCAUGAUAUUCUGUACCACAAUUAUCACAUUGAUAAGUAUGACCAUUUAGAGUUUCCUGGCGUUGUUCCUCGGACAUUUAUAGGAGCAUUGGUAAUAGCUAUUCUCUCAUCGCCUGCAGUUCUCAUAAUAAGUGCAUUUCAUGUUCCAAAGAUUUAUAGUCUUCUAACAGUUCGAUUAGUAUUGGGCUGUGUUAUCCUGACGACUUUGAGACUUUUCCGAGUUGAGGUCAAAAAAAAGUUUGGUCGCCAUGUUGAAGCAUUCUUUGUGGUACUAACUGCUAUCCAGUUUCACGUUUUGUUCUACUCAACUCGGCCUCUUCCAAAUAUCUUAGCAUUCGCUUUAGUUAACUUGGCGUACUCUUUCUGGUUCAAAGGAAAUUACCUACGCACAUUACAGGCACUGAUUGUUGCAGCCGUUGUGUUUAGAUGUGAUAUGAUUCUACUUCUUGGUACAAUAGGGGUUACACUUCUGCUGAGCAGGUCUUUUUCUCUAAUGGAAGCUGCAAAGUGUUGCAUAAGCACUGCUCUUUUGUGCAUUGGUUUCACGGUACUAGUUGACUCGAUAAUGUGGCAGAGGAUCCUGUGGCCGGAAUUUGAAGUUUUCUGGUUUAAUUCAGUUCUGAACCGAAGUUCAGAAUGGGGUACACAUUCGAUCCAUUGGUACUUCACCUCAGCACUUCCACGCUCCAUGCUUGUAGCCUAUCCUCUUUGCUUGGUUGGUGCUCUUCUUGAUAGGAGGAUAGUGCCAUACGUGCUUCCAGUCACCUUAUUUGUUGUACUCUAUUCAAAACUCCCACAUAAGGAGCUCCGUUUCAUAAUUGCCUCAGUACCCAUGUUUAAUGUGUCAGCUUCUCUGGCCGCAAGCAGACUAUAUAAUAACCGAAAGAAAACUGGUUGGAAUUUCCUUUAUGUUCUCAUGCUUGGUGCCUUUCUUGUCAGUCUUGGGUACUCUGCUGUGAGUUUCAUGGCCUCCUAUAGCAAUUAUCCUGGUGGACAUGCUCUAAAGGCUCUACAUGAAGCAGAUUCUUCCAUGAAAGAAAAAAUGGUCCACAUUGAUGCCUUUACCGCGAUGAGUGGGGUUUCUCGUUUCUGCGAAAAUGGAUACCCUUGGAGGUACUCGAAGGAGGAGGGCAUUUCCGUCGAAGAGUAUCAGAAUAGAAAUUUCACCUAUUUACUGAAUGAGCGCCGCUACAUCAGUGGCUACAAGUGCCUGUUUGGCGUGGACGGAUUCUCCAGAGCCAGAAUUCAACCCCGGUCUCCACCACUUUCCCUGGUGAAAGUGCCGAAAGUGUUUGCACAUGGGAACGCGGGAGAUCCCGGUAUUCUCUCGCUGGAUUGGCCCGGCUGCCCCUGAGAUGAGAUAGGCAGGCGAGGCGACGAUGCCCAGAUCUCUGUCGCGGGACAGGCCGGACCACCAACUAGUAGUAGAAACAGUUGAAGAUGCGGCAGCGUGCGUGGCUCCAGCUCCAGGUGGACAGCUCCUUCCAGUCUCAAGCGUGCAUGUUUGUAAGGUUAAUACUGGAACGUCGCAGUCUGGAGCCAGAAAAAUCGAGGAUCUCUCUCUCUGUGUGCGCGCGUGUGUGCGAGCUUUGGCCUAUGCCUUUGUGGCAUCGCUGUCCUUUUAUCUGGUUGUACUAGUAGACAAAUAAAGGAACACAAGGGACGA